CAGCCCUUCACACCGACCUCCGGCCAGGCGCCGCCUCGCGGACCUGCAUCUCGACCCCUCGCGCGCGCGCCCAGCUUGGCCCGCGGCCGCUGCUCCGCCACCCGCGACUCCAAAACUGAACAGGAGCCAGGGCUCUGGACACAGAAGCUGCUGCAGAGGUUUCACAGGGAUGCCAGGUUAGACCUGGGCUGAGGACGUCAGCCUGGUGAGUCGCCACUUUCACCUGAACAUCGACCCAAAGGUGGAAGUUUAGUGUCGCCCAGACCUGAUUUGAAGCUGCACAGAACUGCAAGUCAAUUGUUCAUGAAGCAGAAGCUAACGUCACUGUCACGUGGACUCCAGCAGGUGCUUGCAGGGGUCGGUGAGCCUCUAUCCACACAGGAGACCCUCGGGCCCCAGGUCAGGGUUAAGGAUGCUUGCAAGCUGAUGUACAUACACAUUCAGAGAUGUUUAGCCACCUGAGGCCUGCGAGGAGGUUGUGCCUGGAGGAGACGUUCCCACGAUGGCCUCUCUCCUGCAGGGCUUUAUCCGGCGCAGAAGCAGUCAAUGCCCUGAGGCCCUUCUACUUCGCUGUCCAUCCGGACUUCUUUGGACAGCACCCCACGGAGCGGGAAGUCAAUGAAAAUUCUCUGAAGAGACUAAGCGUCUACUUAGAAAACCUCCAGAAACCAGGUCUCAAGUCUCUGAAACCAACACAGCUGACAUUCCAUGUCAGAGAAACAGACCAGAAUUCCUCUGAUGGCCAGGAGCCUGUCAACACUUGCGGCUUCCGAGUGGUCAGCUUCACGCUGCACACCAGGGACCUGCUGAGCACGGUCUUGCACGUCCUCAACUCCUGCAGCUUGUCUGUUGAGCACAUCCAAAACGUGAGUUCUAAUGUGCAGCCUCCCGAACAGGCCAAAAGAAGGCCUGACCGGCCUAUCAAGUGGGACAAGACUUACUACACCUUCACCGGCUUCAAGGAUCCUGAAGGAGACCUCCAACAAGCCUCGAGACUGGAGACGACUUUGACAUCCUGGCUAGAUAAUAAUGGGGAAAGUGCUGUGAAAAGGCUGGAGAGCAGCCUGCCGCUGAGAAAAGAGCUGGACCGUCUGAAAGAGGGGCUGUCUCACCAGUUGCAGCUCACAGAUAUCAGGUGGCAGAGGGGGUGGGGCGUCGCCCACCGCUGCAGCCAGCUGCACAGUUUGAGCCGCUUAACACAGCAGAACAUGGAAACGCUGAAGAACGCGAAAGGGUGUACGAUCAUAUUCGCAGACCGCUCUGGGAUGAGUGCCGUGGGCCAUGUGAUGCUGGGAACCAUGGAUGUCCACCACCACUGGACCACACUUUUUGAAAGAUUACCCCAUUAUCUGGACCUUCAAAGGAGGCUGGCACUGCUGGAGGAGCAGAUAAGCCAGCUUCUGGGCGGCAUCCAGGUCGUGUGCACGGAAGAUCUGCAGCCGGCGCUGACCCUGGAGGAGCACUACUCCCUCCUGGACGCGUUUCGCGGCCGGCUGCUGAGGCACCGCAGGCCCGUUCACCCUCGGAGUCUGCGCGGCUUACAGAUGGUCCUUGACAGCGACAGGUGUGCUCCGAGCUUGCAUGAACUCGGACAUUUCAACAUCCCAGUCCUCUGUGACCCAGCAAGCCUGCAGGGGUUUAUUCUCGCCAAGGCCCAAGAAGCGAGAGAGAGCCUGAGAAGGAAAGAAGAGUUAAAGGCCAUCGAGAAGGAACUGAUGAGGGCUUCCACAGAGCACUUUUCUCUGGCGAAGUUCUAUAAGGAGCCGAGUGUAUCCAGCAAGCAGAUGGCGGCCUGCUGUAAGAGGCUCCUGGAGCGGUCUCUGCCCUGCCUGCAGGGGAUGCGCCUCUGCGUCUCCCACUUCUACUCCGUCACACAGGACGGAGACCUUUGUAUCCCUUGGAACUGGAAGGACGGGGGAGCCAUGAAAUAGCACAGAGAUCUGUGCUGGCUUUUUAAAGAGAGAAAAAAAAAAACUGUUCAACUUAUUUUAACCCACAAUUUGAAAAAUGACAGUAUUACAUAUAUAUUUCAAGAACAGAGUCUCAAACUGCUGCUUUCAAAGGAGAAUUUUUUUAAUCAACUACUAAACUUGUUUUAAAAAAGGUUUAUCUCCCAAUCUUAUGGUGUUUCUUACCUGAUUUUCAAGAGUAGAUUGAAAGAAGUCUGGCUGGAAGAGCAUAUUUCAGUGUUGUGUUAAUGAGGGACUCCGCAGUUAAAGAUCUGUUUUCUGCGGCCGGGUGUCGGUCUGUGCGAGCAGGCCUCACGCAGGGCUGCUCUGAAGUAUAACGAAGCUCGAUGCUGCGGUCACACUGGCCGACCUGCACCCCUAUCACUGCGCCUCAGGAACUUUGUGCUUGUAGCCGUAUAGACAGUGGAGUUCCAGACCGAUGACUGGUGAACAGUAAAGAAUUAGACCACCGGGGGUCCAGGUGGCAGCGCACCUGUCUGAGCGCUCACAUCACAGUGCACAAGGACCCAGGUUCAAGUCCCCGGUCCCCACCUGCAGGGGGAAAGCUUCGUGAGUGGUGAAGCAGGGCUGCAGGCGUCUCUCUGUCUCUCUCCCUCUCUAUCACCCACUUCCUUCUCAAUUUCUGCCUGUCUCUAUCCAAUAAAAAUUAUUUUUAAAAUAUAUAUAAAAAAAUUAAACCUUAAAGAAUUUGCCUAAGACAAAAAGACGGGGGGGAAGCAGUUGGGUGAAUAUAUGGCCUUGACAUUGUCAUUAUCCAUCGGUAACAAUUUUUCUUUUUCCAUCGGGGUUAGGGUGAGGGCUCAGUGAUAUGCCACUCCCGAUGGCUUUUUUUUUUUUUCAGUUUCCUUUGAUAGACUGAGACACCAGGCCUGGGUGGUGGCGCGCCUGGCUGAGGGCACAUGUCACAGGGCACAAGGACUCGGGUUCAAGCCUAUAGUCCCCACCUGCAGGGAGAAAACUUAUGAGUGGUGAAGCAGGGCUGCAGGUGUCUGUCUAGCAACCCCUUCCUUCUUGAUUUCUGGCUGUCUCUAUCCAAUAAAUAAAAGAUUAAAAUUAAAGGGGGCUGGGCGGUAGCACAGCAGGUUAAGCACACGUGGCACAAAGCGCAGGGACCAGCACAAGGUUCCCAGUUCAAGCCCCCGGCUCCCCACCUGCAGGGGGGUCGCUUCACGGGCGGUGAAGCAGGUCUGCAGGUGUCUGUCUUUCUCUUCCCCUCUCUGUCUCCCCUCCUCUCUCCAUUUCUCUCUGUCCUAUAUAACAAUACCAACAAGGGCAACAAAAGGGGAAAAAUGGCCUCCAGGAGCAGUGGAUUCGUGGUGCAGGCACCGAGCCCCAGUGAUAACCCAGGAGGAAAAGAAAAUUAAAAAGAGACAGAGACAGAAAAGGAGAGAGAACUGCAGCACUGCACCACCACUUGUGAAGCCUCCCGGGGGCAGGGACAGGGGCUUGAACCCAGGUCCUCAGCGCGUGAGCUCUGCCAGGCGCCGCACCACUCAGCCCCUCGGAACAGGCUUGUCAGACACUCGCAGCGAUGGUGAAUUCCACUGUGGCCCGUGGGUCUCCCCCACACCACAGCACUGCAGCGGUUGGUGCGGCAGAGGGACGAACAUCAAGCAGGUGUUUUGAACGGUCUGAUAAAGUGACUCACCUGUGGUCAUGGACAAACCGUCUGGGACGAUUCUGGCGUCCUGGAGAGCUUCAGCCAGGAGGGCCAAGUGAUCCAGGCCACGCGGGGGCUCUGUCACGCCCUCCCACCCCGUCCUUGCUCCCACCCAUGUCUGACGCGGCGUCAGCACAGCCGGGCCCCAGGCGCCACGGGCUUCUGCGCCGACAGCUCCCUGAGACGGUGGCUGGCCCAGGUGCGGCCCUCUGGAGCUUGUGUCUCAGGAGGUCGAGGCAAACCAGUUUGAGACACUGUUUUUGCAACUUACAGCUGAAGAAAGGGCACACCAAGCUCCGCUUACGCUGAGCUCUUCUUGAAGUGUGCUUUUAAAUUCAUGUAGCCGUUGAAAUCGAAGUGUGUUUUGAAAAGAGGUAUUAAUUGGUAAUUAUUUAGAGUGUGAGUAGCUGUCCUUGGAAUCUGUGCUCACUCACUCAAGUGGCUCGCCGUGCUUAUGUAGUUCCUCUGAUCAUCACCUGUGGAGCCCUCCCAGCACCAGGUGACAGGAGUGAAGAAUCCCCCAGACCUCGUGUGGGAAGAUCAACUGGAGAAAAACGUGUCUGGGUUAUGCCGUGUCGUCAAUCAGCUGCUAUAAGACCCUCAGUACAGUGUCUAGAAGUGGACUUAGUCUCACAGCUCACUGUCACAUAAUAAAUAACGCACUAACCAGA